ACUGAUAAUUAAAGGACUAACUGUUAUUUACUGGGGCUAUUUAAAUUUGGUCCAUCUCGUUCUUCACGAAAGUGUCUGACAAAAUAGACCUGUUAUUUUAUUUGGUCAGAUUGUUUUCAUAAUUAAGUGUAAAUGAAGAUGUUUCAGUGUUGUGCACACUGCUUUCCAUCAUAUUACGAAUUGUCAUCUCACUUUACGUAGGAUUUAAGAAAUUGUCUAGUACCAUCAUUGUGUGGCUCAUAUUGUCGCACAUCAACCCUGUUGAUAAUUAAUAAAUCCAAAAUGUCUUUCAAAUUCACUGAGAACGUGUUUUGUAUUUCAAUUGAAAAAUACAAGUGUCCGGUUUUUGUUUCGAAUCUCGAGGUAUAUAAGGAUUGUAGGAUCAUUUGAGUGGAAUAUUCAAUAUAUGUAUAGGCCAGUCACUACUAAUUAUGUAUAAACCUUUAACAAACCAGUUUUGCACAAUAGUGUAUUCGUUUAAUUAUUUUAAAUAAUUGUAGCGAUUCCCGUGAGUCUGGGGAAAUGUAUUACUCACUUUAUGUAUGCAGAAAAAUUGGGGAAAAAAUCUGUUCUAAUUUACAAUGUACAUCCUUUAAUGGACGCGAAGUCGUUGUUGAAUUUCUUUAAAUUAUUUGGUGAAAUAACUGAUUUACGCUACUCACCACCUGAAGCUCGAUGUGUCUUUGAAUUUAACAAAUCAGAAUGUGUAGAAAAAAUUCUAAUAUCUCCAAUGAAUACAACUUACGAGUUCGACUUGACCGAUGUUAACAUUCCUGAAUGUUAUUUAACUCGGAAUCCUGAAUGGAUAAUAGAUUAUCAAAAGUCUAAAAGUGAUUCGGAAGCAAUUCUACAGAAUUAUUUCAAGAAACGCAUGGAAUACAGUAAUAAACCUGAUGAUGACGGUUGGAUCACGGUCAGAAAAGGAAUGAGACUUUAAUGCGGACCAUAUUUUUACUUCUACUUCUGUAAAUUUGAUUCAAAUUUAUACAAUAGAUAGUACUUCAUCAUGAAGUUCAUUUAUGUUUACUUCGCUUCAGUCAUUUUUAAUUUUAGAUUUAUGUCUUCACGGAUUUCCUCUACUUUUAUUGUUAAGACAAUGCAAAAAAUGGAAAAAUUGGUAGUUCGUAACACAAAACAGUAACCUCCAAUUAUUAUUUGUCUUAAAAUUUUGAGUAUUAUGGAAAUAAACUGAGUUCGGACGUAUCUUGUGGAAGAUAAUCAAUUUAUCACUAUUAUAAGAUAACUUUAAUAGUUUGUUUAAUUUUAGUGAUAUUCAUCCAAAACCUAUAGUAUAAUAACUAUUCAUUAAGAGGAACACAAUUCUAAAAUAGUGUUUGGUUAUGAAAUUUCACCGGGAAAUGAAGUCGAAUAGAGCGGACGACAGGCAAGUAAUUUGCAUAUACAUUUGGUCUUUGCCAGUAACUAGACUUUGUUACUGGCUUACAUGAUCGACUGAUAAUUUACUGAUACGUAUUUUAGUUCUCACAGUUGAUGAAUAAUGUUUAAAGUAUCAGUAAUUUGAGUGAAUGAUUGACUGUUUUCGCCAAAUUGCCAUGAAUCUCUACAUCAAGUUGCAAUAUUCUCCAGUUAUUACACCAGUAAGCGUUUCUUGAAGCACGGCC